AUGUCACUUUGGGUAGACAAAUACCGUCCUAGGACUUUAGCACAAUUGUCCUACCAUGAAAACAUAACCCAAAACUUGAAGGCGCUUUCAAAAUCCGGGGAUUUUCCUCAUUUAUUAGUUUAUGGCCCAAGUGGAUCAGGUAAAAAGACUAGAAUAUAUUGUACCUUGCAAGAGAUAUUUGGUCCCUCUAUUGAGAAAUUGAAAAUUGACGUUAAGAACUUUGUCACGCCUUCUAAUCGUAAAUUGGAGUUUAAUGUUUUAAGUUCACCAUAUCACUUGGAGAUUACACCAUCAGAUAUGGGGAAUAAUGAUCGUGUUGUGAUUCAGGAUUUAUUGAAAGAUGUUGCAUCUACAGAGCAAGUUGAUUUUGGCAACCAAAGUAGCAAAAAGCAUAGAUUCAAAGUAGUUAUUAUAAACGAAGCUGACUCUUUGAGUAGGGAUGCUCAAGCGGCUUUAAGAAGAACAAUGGAAAAAUACUCAUCCAAUAUUAGGUUGAUUUUAGUUUGUAAUUCAGUGUCCAACAUUAUCGCACCGAUUAAGUCGAGGACGUUACUAGUUAGAAUACCUAGUCCAUCAAUUGAGGAUAUCAGCAAUAUAUUACGCCAAGUUUCAAAGAACGAACGUGUAAAAUUUUCAUCUAAUGACGAGCAUGCCGUAUCAGCUUUCUAUGAGCAAGUGGCGGUAACGAGUAAGAGAAAUUUGAGACGAUCUUUGUUGGCAUUUGAAACGAUAUAUAUGCAGAACGAAACCAUCGACGUUAAGCAGAUGCAUUCAACAAUUGUGCUUGACUGGGAAAUAAUAAUCAAAAACAUGGCAAGGACUAUAUCGGCAGCGAGAAACGUAGCUACUUUGGCCAAGUUGAGAACAACUACUUAUGAGCUAUUAUCGCAUUGUAUUUCAGCAAGAAUCAUUUUGAAAAAUCUAAUGUUUGAAUUGGUUUCCUUAGCUAAAGGGAAAACCGAAUUGAUACAGGAGAUAGUUCAAAUAGGUUCAACGUUUGAUGAGAGAUUAAGUCUCGGACUGAAAAGUAUCUUCCAUAUAGAAGGGUUCAUUGCCAAAACUAUGGUUGCCAUUGAUACCUAUAACGUGUAG